AUGAAAGGCUUUGCUGGGGGCGCGAUUGCGCUGGGAUGUCUUGCUGUAGAGGGUGCAGCGAGGGCUGUCGGGUAUACGUCGCCGACGGACUUUAUCAAGCCGUAUAAGAGGGGACCGUUGCAGGAUAUCGUUACCUGGGAUAAAGACUCGCUGUUUGUCAAUGGCGAACGCAUCUUCUUGUACUCGGGCGAAGUCCAUCCGUUCAGACUGCCAGUUCCGGAUUUGUACCUUGAUAUCUUCCAGAAGAUCAAGGCGCUGGGGUUCAAUGGCGUGUCCUUCUAUGUCGACUGGGCGCUGCUAGAAGGCAAACCGGGUGUGUACCGUGAGGAAGGCGUGUUCAGUCUCCAGCCUUUUUUCGACGCGGCACAAGAAGCGGGAAUUUACCUUCUUGCUAGACCAGGUCCUUACAUCAAUGCCGAAGCUUCUGGUGGAGGCUUUCCCGGGUGGAUCCAGCGUAUCAAUGGCACGCUGAGAACUCGUGCACCAGACUUUUUGGCGGCGACUGACAAUUAUAUGAAGAACAUUGGCGCCACGAUUGCCAAAGCACAAAUCACGAAUGGAGGACCAAUCAUUCUGAUUCAGCCAGAGAACGAGUACACUCAGGCAACAAGCGCAAUCAAGCCGUUUCCCGAUCCAGUCUACAUGACCUAUGUCGAGGAUCAGAUCCGCAAUGCCAGCAUCGUUGUGCCGCUUAUCAGCAACGACGCAUCUCCAAAGGGAUACAACGCUCCUGGUACUCCUGCGGCAGUCGAUAUCUAUGGACACGACGGAUACCCUCUUGGCUUCGAUUGUGCCAAUCCUACCAGAUGGCCUGACAACAACUUGCCGACAAAUUGGCAACAGCUGCACCAGCAGCAAAGUCCGACCACUCCUUACUCAAUCAUUGAGUUCCAGUCAGGCAGUUUUGACCCUUGGGGCGGCCCAGGUUUCGACAAGUGCGGAAUUCUAGUCGGAGCAGAGUUCAACCGCGUUUUCUACAAGCAGCUCUACAGCUUCGGCGUCACCAUCCUGAACCUAUACAUGACCUUUGGCGGUACCAACUGGGGAAACUUGGGUCACCCAGGAGGCUACACAUCGUACGACUACGCCGCACCGAUUGAAGAAGACCGCCAAGUCAAGCGUGAAAAGUACUCUGAGCUCAAACUCCAGGCAAACUUUUGGAAAGUCAGCCCUGAAUACCUGACUGCUUCGCGCGGUGCUGCUUCGACCUCGGCAUGGACUACCACGAGUGAUCUCAGCGUUACCCCUGCGCACGGCAACAAGACUAGCUUUUACUUCUUGAGACAUGCCAAGUAUAAUUCGCUGGCGACUACGAGCUACCAGCUCAAGAUCUCGACGCAAGCCUUUGGAAACAUUACUGUGCCACAGCUCAAUGGUACUUCGCUCACGCUGAACGGACGUGACGCAAAGGUCCAUGUUGCCGACUACGAUAUUGGUGGUACGAAUAUUGCUUAUUCGACUGCUGAGAUCUUUACCUGGCAUAAGUACGAAGACAAGACUGUUCUGGUUGUGUAUGGUGGUCCAGGAGAAACUCACGAGCUUUCUGUCGAAACUACUGGGCUUGAGGUUAUUGAAGGCGAUGUCAAGAGCGUAGCCACUCGCGGUCACACACUGCUGAGCUUCAAGGCCGAUGCUACGAGAAAGGUUGUCAAGUUGGGAACUGAGAGCCCCAUUUACGUCUACAUGCUUGAACGUAACGAGGCUUUCAAGUAUUGGUCGAUUGACCAAGCUCCGCAUGACGCUUCAAACCCUGUCAUUCUCAAGGCAGGCUAUCUGAUGCGUACGGCCAAGGUCACUGGCGACGUUCUCGCCCUGACCGGCGAUGUGAAUGCCACCACCCCUAUCGAAAUCAUUGGCGGUGUUCCUGCUGGCCUUUCCAAGUUGACUUUCAACGGCAAGGACGUUUCUUUUGAAACUUCCAAGAAGGGUACUUUCACUGCGACCAUUGACCUUCCCAAGCCUAACAUCAGCAUUCCCAAGCUGAGCGAACUUGAGUGGAAGUACAUCGACUCUCUUCCUGAAAUUCAGCCCGGAUACGACGACAGCAAAUGGACAGUCGCAGACCUCAAGAAGACAUACAACUCUCUCCGUCGACUAACCACCCCCGUCUCGCUGUACAGCUCCGACUACGGCUACCACACCGGCACCCUCCUCUACCGCGGCACCUUCACAGCCACCGGCAACGAGACAACCCUGCAACUCUCGACUCAAGGUGGCUCAGCAUUCGGGUCCUCCGCCUGGAUCGGCACGCAAUUCCUUGGAUCCUGGCGCGGUUACGACGCCGCCAUGAACGGCAACUCGACCUUUACACUCCCCAAGCUAACCGCCGGAACAAAAUACACCAUCACCGUUGUAAUCGACAACCAGGGUCUCGACGAAAACUGGACCAUCGGCACCGAAACAAUGAAGAACCCACGUGGUAUCCUCGACUACAAGCUCUCAGGCCACGAUGCUUCGGAUGUGACCUGGAAACUCACCGGUAACCUAGGCGGAGAAGACUACCGCGAUAUUUCACGCGGCCCACUCAACGAAGGCGGCUUGUUCGUAGAGAGACAAGGUCUUCAUCUCCCCGGUGCUCUCUCCGCCUCAGAUCUCGAUUGGAAGCCCUCUGCUGGCCCCGUCACCGACGGUAUCAGUGCCCCCGGUGUCGGCUUCUUCGCUACAGAGUUCGAACUCGACGUCCCAUCCGGCUACGACGUGCCUCUCAGCUUUACCUUUACCAACGCUACGUCUUCGUCUGCUGGAAGCAGCGUCCCUGCUUACCGUGUUCAACUCUACGUUAAUGGAUGGCAGUAUGGCAAAUACGUUAAUAAUGUGGGACCGCAGACGAAGUUCCCUGUUCCUGAGGGCAUUUUGAACUACAAGGGGUCGAAUUAUCUGGGCGUGUCGCUUUGGGGAUUGGAUGCUGGAGCGACCAAGAUUGGUGGAUUGGAAGUUCAGGUUGAUGCGGAGAUUUGGAGUGGACUUGGAGAUGUGGCGGUUGUGGAGGGAGAGAAGUAUGAGAAGAGGGAGGGAACGUAUUAG